AGCUGAGGGUUGGCGGCUACAAAAGAGCACCCUCCAAUCUCUCCAUUGUUCACUGGCAUCGUUGUUGGUCUGACCUCCCAGCUGCUCAGCCAUGGCCCCGAAGAAAGCCAAGAAGAGGUCAGCAGAGGGAGCCAACUCGAAUGUGUUCUCCAUGUUUGAGCAGGCUCAGAUCCAGGAAUUUAAAGAGGCCUUCACUAUCAUGGACCAGAACAGAGACGGAUUCAUCGACAAGAAUGAUCUGAGGGACACUUUUGCUGCUCUAGGACGUCUCAAUGUGAAACAGGAAGAGAUUGACGAGAUGCUCAAAGAGGCUCCUGGCCCAAUCAACUUCACUGUCUUCCUUACCAUGUUUGGUGAGAAGCUGAAAGGUGCUGAUCCAGAGGAGACCAUCCUCAACGCGUUUAAAGUCUUUGACCCUGAGGGGAAAGGUGUGCUGAGGAAGGACUAUGUGACACAGAUGCUGACAACACAAGCAGACCGAUUUUCCCCUGAAGAGAUGGAGCAGAUGUUCGCUGCAUUCCCCCCAGAUGUAGCCGGGAACCUGGACUACAAUAAUCUGGUUCACAUCAUUACCCACGGAGAGGAAAAGGACCAGGAGUAAACCUUUUUUGUCAACUUGUUCAUC